AUGUCUAAUCGGACCACAAGGCGCAGUGCUUCUCCUGUUCGUAGCUUGCGAACCCAAGAUUCCGCCACCUUUGACGAACAGCACGAGAUCGCCCUGGCAGAAUUCAAGGAACACCGCAAAACGUACACACGGAAGAUUGCCCACGAACCCGUCGUCCGCGGACCCGUCCCCCGCGAACCCACUCCCCGUGAACGCAAGUUCGUGUUAGUCGACGCCCUGACCGCGAAACUUCGCAAUAAGUCCCCGACAUGUGGCUUCAAGUACGAGCACGAUCUUGAGCGAUUGUACAUGACAGCGUCUUUCAAGCAGUCACUGGAGCCCCCAAGUGUGAAUGGAAACAUAUUGGAAGACAAGCUCUUGCGGAUAUUCUAUAUACUGCUCGAACUUGGCUACCCCCAGCUCACAGAGCUAUUCCACAACCAGGGUCUCGAUGACACGCACCUCCCUCUGGAUGAGAGGACUCUCUCGUCCAGGAUUAACAGUCGGGUACUUGAGGACGAACUCGGCAUGCACGACGUCGAUUUUUACAGAAGCUUCUGCGACCUACAACGAGACUGGUGCCCCAUGGUUUUCGAAUUGGAGAUGGGCAGGGCAUCGACCGACCAAAUCGUUCCUCUUUACAUGAAAGAACCGAUCCAACCUCAUCGAGACGACCGACCCCCUCCAGAGAGCAAUGCAAGGCUUUGGAAAGUCGAUGUUCCCGAGGAACUGAUUGGGCCCAAGCUACGGAAAACCUUGAUUGACAGCCUGUGGCGUGAACAGGAUGUAAAGACAGGGCUUGUUGACAGCGACGGCAAGGAGCUUACCCAGAUGUGCCGAUGUUACCGUUUUGCCUUGAAACAGUUCCGCAGCGACAGGAAAUCAGCUUUCGAUCGAGAAAGAAAAAUCUUCUAUGCACUGGGGCCCCAGAAAGGCUUAAUACAAUACAUUGGUUGGUAUGAUGAGAAGGACCAAGACGGCCAGCAGCUGUACAAUAUUGUACUCGAGUGCGGGGACUUCGACCUCUACACUGCCUUCAGAAACCAAGCCCCGCCAGUGUCCCCUCCCGAAAUCAAAGGCUUCUAUCAGGGUAUGCUGGAUGUCUCGGAGGCAUUGUACAAGAUCCACCAACUUAAAACCGGGAAUUUCUUCUACGACGUAUGGCAUGCUGAUGUCAAACCAGAGAACAUCUUGCGUGUACAAGAAUGCUUCAAGUUAGCGGACCCGGGAGAAGCUCACAUCAGACUGGCUUCAGGCGGCGGAGGACCUGCUAGAGCGGUCGUUACAGGCGGAACAAGAGUUUAUGGGUCUCCAGAAAAGGCAGCGUACAUCGACAACCACGCCACCGCCCCGGCUAGUAUCCCCCAGAACAGCGAUGUCUGGUCGCUCGGGUGUGUCUUCUCAGUCGCCGCAACUUACGUCGUCCUUGGUCCACAGGGCGUAUUGCAAUAUGAUAAGAUCCGUCGACAUACGCCAAGAGCGAGUCAGCAGGCCAACUUUGACGGCAUCAAUGGUGCGUUCCAUGAUGGAAAUAGAGUGUUGAAGGUUGUCACAGAAUGGCACGAAUACCUGAGGAGCGCAACCAGGCGCACUGAUGCAUUCACGGCGGAUGUACUCACAAUGGUCGAUGAGCACAUGCUAGUCACGCCCGAGAAAGAACGUUGGGAUGCCAAGCAGGUUGAGAGCCAUUUGCGAGACCUGUUGAAUGAUCCGAAACUGCAGGCAUGCCCGGUACCAGACACUAUUGAGAGCAUCCUACAGGAAAUCGACUUACAGGCUGAGCAAUACGAGCUGUCGAUCCACGACAGCAGCCGAGUUGACUCAGUCCGAACGAGAAGAAGCCUCCAGGCAAUUCAGGCUUCGUGCGUGGACUUCAAAAGCGCAGACGAACUACUCAACAUGCCAGUCCUACCUACCGCACAGCGAUCCGAACAGAGGACGAACAACGCCCAGAAAGCCGUUCAAACCCGAGAGAAACCUCUGGGCCAGACUGUUCUUCCGCGCGCGGCCUCCGAUCGUACAUUGACAGCCGAAUCAUCUGGCCAGAGCCACACAUUUCCGCGGCUCAGCACAGGAGACGCAAGUGCGUCCGAAUCAGCGUUUGCAGAUGCUGCAACAGGACCAAUGGUUCGUCCACCUCCGAUGACAAUGUGGCAGGUGGAGGACCAACUCGAGAAGAUUGGGAAACAGAAGACCUUGGCCAGUUUCAGACAUGGCUUGCGAUCUCAGCCAGUCUCGGUGAAGGGGGUCAUAGACGGCUACGACGACCUGAAGCCAUAUUACAAGAACAGGGAUAUUAUCUAUCUUGUCGACAAUGGCUCGUCUAUGCUAGACCACUGGGGUGAGGCCAAAUACCUGUUGCGGGUGUUGGUGUGGAGGUCACUAGGCUACGAUGACGACGGCAUGGAGCUAUACUUCACUGAUCCCAAGACAACUGCCAAGGUCUCCCGAAGAAAAACACAAAUCGUCGAGAACUUCAUGAGCGCCAUGGACCAAGCAAAGCCCCGCCCACGUGGUCGUGGCGAACACCGCACCCAUCUUCUCCUAAAACUGAGUGAUAUUGUCAACGACUAUGCGUCAAAGAAGUAUAACUCUGCGAUUCGCGAGAAGGCAAAGACUAUCAUCAUCUUCACUGAUGGUGUCUGGGAGGAUCAAGGGGAGGUGGAGACAACCAUCGAGAACUGGUAUGAUCGUCUGAGGAUGAGGAGCCUGCACACGUCUUCCAACUCGACACAUCAAGACCAGGCGGUCCGUGCCGACACUCCACAAGGAAUUCGGGAAGCGUCUUCGAGCCACUUCGCCGAAAGCCGACCUAUCACGUUCCAGUUUGUUGCAUUUGGGCAUGACGCUGAGGGCAUCGACAGAAUGAAGAGACUCGACGACAACUUCCAGAACACCUGUUACCCGGACCUCAUCGAUAUGGAGCCAUCUAAUGGGGAUGUGUACAAGAUGUUUCUUGGAAGCUUGGACUCGAGAUGGGACACGCAAGAGAAUACUGUCAAUGCCAUGCCGUCGACACCCAUCUACAGCCCACCCUCUUUCCACGGAAGCGCUUCCCGAUCUCGCGCCGGUACACGAACUAGCGGUCCACUACCCUCGCCUAUGUCACUGCCUUCGCCCCAAGAUAACUGGCAGGGCACAGAGGAGCCACAGACAGCAUCCGGUGGAGUGACGAUCUGGCCCUACCAACCGCAGAGUUCUACGCAAAGCCACCAAAGCAACAUGCAGAGCAGCAGCGACGGGACCCCUCCACACGGACUAUUCCGCGAUUGA